GUCACUUCUUUAGGGGCUUCCAUUCCAACUUUGUAACCUUACGGUUUUCCCUUCUUCCUCUCUUCACCAUGGACACUAUGCCUUCCCUUCUCAAGAAAUACUUUGGGUUUUCAGAUUUUCGGCCUUAUCAGAAAGAAGUUAUUGAGAAAAUUAUUGAGAAAAGGGAUUGUUUGGUAGUCAUGGCUACUGGUAGUGGGAAGUCCUUGUGCUAUCAGGUACCUCCCUUGGUUGUUAACAAGACUGGGAUAGUUGUAAGCCCUCUGAUAUCAUUGAUGCAAGACCAGGUCAUGGCUUUGAAACAACGGGGCAUUAAAGCUGAAUAUCUUGGAAGUGCUCAGAAGGAUUCCACUGUACACUCUAAAGCUGAACGUGGUCAAUUUGACAUUCUGUUCAUGACUCCUGAAAAGGCAUGCACAAUUCCUACCAGUUUCUGGUCCAACUUGCUAAAGGUUGGAAUUAGUCAUUUUUCUGUUGAUGAAGCCCAUUGUAUAUCAGAAUGGGGACAUGAUUUUAGGGUGGAAUACAAGCAUUUAGAUAAGUUACGUGAGGUUCUGUUAGAUGUUCCUUUUGUUGGUCUAACUGCCACUGCUACUGAAAAGGUUCAAUUUGACAUCAUCAGUUCCCUGAAGAUGAAUAAUCCUUAUGUUAUGGUUGGUUCAUUUGAUCGAGCAAAUCUUUUCUAUGGUGUCAAACUAUUUAACCGCGGACAAGCUUUUAUUGAUGAGCUUGUGCUAGGAAUUUCAAAAGAAGUUGCUAGUGGUGGUUCAACUAUAAUUUACUGCACAACAAUCAAAGAUGUAGAGCAGAUAUUCAAGACACUUGCAGAAGCAGGUAUGGAGGCAGGAAUGUACCAUGGCCAAAUGAAUGCAGAAGCUCGAGAGGAGUCUCAUAGAUUAUUUGUUAGAGAUGAACUGAAAAUCAUGGUGGCCACCAUUGCCUUUGGCAUGGGCAUAGAUAAACCUAACAUAAGGCAAGUGAUUCAUUAUGGUUGCCCUAAGAGUGUAGAGUCCUACUACCAGGAAAGUGGGCGAUGUGGUAGAGAUGGUAUAGCUUCUGUUUGUUGGCUUUACUACACAAGAAGUGACUUUGCAAAGGGAGAUUUUUAUUGUCGAGAUUUAAAAACAGAAAAGCAAAGAAAAGCUGUCAUGGAGUCAUUGCUGGCUGCUGAACGCUACUGUAUGCUGACAACUUGCAGAAGAAAGUUCUUGCUUGAAUACUUUGGGGAAAAUUUUUCAGCUGAUAGAUGUGGAAACUGUGAUAACUGCAAAGUUUCAAAGAAGGAGCGUGACUUGUCAAGAGAGGCAUUUCUUCUGAUGGCUUGCAUUCAUUCAUGCAAUGGAAAAUGGGGCCUCAAUAUGCCCAUUGACAUCCUGCGUGGGUCUCGAGCCAAGAAAAUUCUUGAUGCCCAGUUUGACAAGCUUCCGGUUCAUGGACUGGGGAAAACUUAUCCAGCAAAUUGGUGGAAAGCUCUUGGACAUCAAUUGAUUUCUCAAGGUUAUUUGAAGGAGAUUGUUAGUGAGAUGUAUAGAACUAUAAGUGUCAAUUCAAAAGGAGAGCAAUUUUUGGCCUCUUCUAGACCAGAUUAUCAACCUCCCUUGGUUUUGUCAUUGACUGCUGAAAUGCUUGGAGAAGAGGAAAAUAGAAGCACGCAAGAAUUCAAAACUUUAGCCUCUUCAACACCAGAGGGUUUUUCAGAGGCUGAGGGACAGCUCUACCAAAUGCUUUUAGAAGAAAGAUUAAAGCUGGCAAGAAGUGUUGGAACAGCUCCAUAUGCUCUAUGUGGUGAUCAAACAAUCAGAAAAAUUGCUUUGACAAGGCCAUCCACAAAAGCAAGACUCGCAAACAUUGAUGGUGUGAAUCAGCACCUAGUAACAAAAUAUGGAUAUCAUUUUCUUCAAGUUAUUAAGAAACUGUCUCAAGGAUUAAAGCUAUCAUUGGAUGGGGAAGCAAGUUUGGUAACUAAUGAAGUAAGGAAAGUAUCUCCAGUAGCCAACAAAUUGAAGUUGACAUCAGCAAAGUUUGAUGCAUGGAAAAUGUGGCAAGAAGAUGGUCGUUCUAUUCCAGAGAUUGCUAACUAUCCAGGUAGAUCGGCUCCAAUAAAGGAACAAACUGUUGUUGAAUAUCUGCUGGAAGCUGCUCAAGAAGGCUUACCUUUCAAUUGGACUAGAUUCUGUGAGAUGAUAGGACUGACCCAAGAGAUCAUAUCAGAAAUUCAGAAUGCUAUUUCAAAGGUUGGAUCAGACAAGCUGAAGCCUAUAAAAAAUGAGUUGCCAGAAAAUGUAAAUUAUCAGCAUAUCAAGACAUUUUUGUUGAUGCGAAAGUCUGGAAUAUCCUUAGAAGAAAUUCAAUCUGGAAGUCACCCGACUGGGAAAGAUGAACCUGUAAAUAAUGCUUCAACUUUGUCACACCCUACCUUAGAAACACACUGCACAGAAAAGCAACAUGAAGAUGACAUUUCUGCCAGAAGUUUGAGGGAAAAAUGUGACUUAAAAAUCAAUGAGGUUCCUUCUCCAUCUCUCAAUGGUUGCCAGGUACAGAAGCAUGCAUUAGCCUCUGAGGGUGAAUUCACAAGCAAACGACAAAAACUGUGUGAAACAGAGAAAAUAAAUCUAACUAAAUUGAAAGCUACUGAGUGUUCUGUUGUAGAGUGGUUGAAGAACCUUGAUGAAGGGGCUUCUUUGACUGAUAUUUUGGAGUACUUCAAAGGAUCCAAUGAAGACUCCGUGAUUGAAUUGUUGAAUUGCCUUGAAUGUGACUUUUCAAUAUACAAGAAAGGCAAUAUGUAUAGGGCUAUGUAAAAAAGCUGAUGCACCAGGUUGUUUUUUAAUGGACGGCACUUGUAAAAAACAGUUUGUUUCAAUGGUCUUACAUUUCAGAAAACCAUUUGGCUACCAUCUUUUUGAUUUCCACAGGUAUUGUUUAUGGGAGGUAAUAUUAUUUGAAAUAAGAGUCUCUCUCAGGAUAACUG